GCAGCCACAGACCAAGCAGCGCACGUCUGUUUGGGUGAGACAGGCAGACCAUGCUCCUAGAAUCACCCAGGAUAUUGCAGGGGCUUCUCCUGGUGGCCACUUUCUUCCUUUCUUCAUUUCCAGUAAAUACUGUAAAGGAACCCCCUGAAGUAAAGAAGUAUGAAGUGGUUUAUCCCAGAAGACUUCACCCACUACAUAAAAGAGAGGUUAAGAAGCCAGAUCAACAGGAAAAAUUUGGAACUGAAUUGAAGUAUGAAAUGACAGUUAAUGGAAAAAUAGCAGUGCUUUAUUUGAAAAAAUCCAAAGAUCUCCUUGCACCAGGCUACACGGAAACACAUUAUAAUUCCACCGGAAAGGAAGUCACCACUAGCCCCCAGAUCAUGGAUCACUGUUAUUACCAAGGACAUAUCAUUAAUGAAAAAGUUUCUGAAGCUAGUAUCAGCACAUGUAGGGGUCUAAGGGGCUACUUCAGUCAGGGAGAUGAAAGGUACUUCAUUGAACCUUUGAGCCCCACAAAUCAGGAUGAGCAGGAACAUGUGCUCUUCAAGCAUGAUCCCAACGAAAAGACUAACAGCAGCUGUGGGAUGGAUGACGUGCUAUGGGCACAUGGAUCUUGGCGGAAUAUGGCCCCACCUGACACAAGUGUGGUCAAAUCAAAAACCCAGAAGGCUUUGGGACAGAAGAAAUACAUAGAAUAUUAUUUGGUCCUGGAUAAUGGUGAGAAAUGCAUUUUAACCUAGUGAGUGUUCUAAACCUGAAGUCCACAUCUGUGAUCUCC